CCAUCUUUAUCAAAACACAAAGAUGGUGAACGCUUUGGGAGGAUUGCUGGGAUUAGCGUGUGCAGUUGUUGUAUUGCACUUUUGCAGUUCAACAAAUGCAAUCGAACCCUCUAAUCCAACACAAGUACCAAAACAACAUGCAUUUAGCAGUUAUGUCAAUACGACAGCAACAUAUACACAAGAUGUCGAUGAUGUGCGAACUCCAUGGACAGAAAAGAUUCGAUUCUUAGUGGAUUAUUAUCCAUCACAAUGGCCAAGAGAAAUGUGGGCUCGUGAUGCUUCUAGAAUGGCAAAUGCUUCAAUCACUCAUGUUCGUAUUUCGGAGUUUGAUUGGGCUUUGUUAGAGCCGAGCGAGGGCAAUUACGAUUGGAGCUUGUUGGAUGAUAGCAUCGAAGUGCUUGCUCAAUAUGGUCUCAAAGUCAUCCUUGGCACGCCGACUUGCACUCCACCGAUGUGGGUCGUACGCAAAUACGAUAUCCUUGGCGUGAAUGAUGAGAUGCAUGUUCGUAGGUUCGGCUCUAGAAGACACUACAGCUUCAGUUCUCCGGACUACUUGGCGCUGUCAAAAGGUAUCGUACGAGCAAUGGCAGAACGAUAUGGUGACAAUGAAAAUGUAGAUGCAUGGCAAUUGGACAACGAAUUCGGUAAUACACGUACCACACGUACAUAUGACCAACAUGCAACCAGAAAGUUCCGUCAAUGGCUUCAAGAUAAAUACGGUACGAUUGAAGAACUGAACAAUCGUCAAGGUAGAGUGUUUUGGUCAAGUCAAUAUGAUACUUUUGAUGAUAUCUUACCGCCAACGCUUGAGAAUGAAGAAAGUAGUCCGGCUUUACGUUUGGAUUGGUUCCACUUUUCAUCCGAUCAGUUGAUUUCUUUUUCAGCCGAACAAGCAGAAACAGUUCGUGAAGUGGCAAGAGAGCAAGGCUACAAAGCCAAACCGAUCACGACCAAUUUUAUGUGUUUCGAAUUCUCGUUUGAUCAUUACAAAUUCAUGCAAGAGACAGGAAUCGAUUUCGCAACAUGGGAUUCUUAUCCUCUCGGCAAUGGAGAUGUAUUGGAAUGGGCACCAGAGCAUGAAAAACUGUUGUACGCACGUACUGGACGUCCCGAUCAUCAAGCAUUGCAACAUUCAUUCUUCCGUGGUGUUGCAGGUGUACGGAAUGGCAAUCAACCUUAUGGACCUUGGGGUGUGAUGGAAUCACCUCUAGGUCCAGUAAACUGGGCACCUGCCAAUCCUUCCCCUGCUCCUGGAAUCGUGCGAUUGUGGCUGCAUGAUAUGACCGCUCAUGGCUCUUCUCUCAACGGAAUUUUCCGUUGGCGACAGGUACCGUACGGACAAGAACAGAUGCAUUCGGGCAUGCUGCGACCUGAUGAUGAACCAGAUUUCGCGUUUGGAGAACAUCAAGCAGCAGUAAGUGAUAUCGAACAAUUACACAGAGCCAAGGUGAAUCUUGCAGCAAAUAAUGCCAAACAUGCUCCGAAGAUCGCAAUGAUCUUUGACUACCCUUCACAUUGGUUCAUCGAAGCUCAACCGCAAAGUGGUCGUUAUGUACGUUCAACGUAUGUUGAUUAUACAUUCCAAUAUCCGGAAUUGUUCUCGAAUUGGUUUUCAGCUUUGCGUAGAUUGGCUCUGGAUGUUGAUGUGAUUGGCCCAACGACAAAUCUGUCAAGUUACGAUCUCGUUCUGAUUCCGACAAUGGUCAACAUCACCACAGAAAUGAAUGCCGCCCUGGCUGAGUUUAAAGGUGAUGUGAUCGUCGGUCCACGUACUUCCAGCAAAGUUGAUCCGCUUUCCAUCCCCGAUGGUCUUGCACCGGCUCAAGGCGCAUUACGUGAUCGUCUCCCUCUCAAAGUCACACGAUCAGAAUCACUUCACAGGAAUGGCGGAUUGGGCGACAAAGUACGUCUUCAUAGCGAUCUAUGCGGCUCACAAGAUCCAGACCAAUGCGUUUAUCCCGUAGAAGUUUGGUCAGAAUGGCUUGAAUGUGAACGGGAAGGCAAAAAAGCGGUUGAAUUCGUUUCUGCUACAUAUGAAGGAUAUCGAGAUGGAAAACCGGCAAUGUGUUCCCAUAUCGAAGAAUCAAACGACCCUCAUGUUGUGGAACGUAGAACGACGUACCUUGGCUGGUAUGCAAAACAAGAUGCAUUGAUGCCAAUCUUUGUACAUGCCGCAAAGAGAAGAGGAAUCAAGACUUUACUUGGACAAGAACCAAACGUAUAUCAUGAUCUCGGUAAGCACGUCCGUUUUGCUCGUCGUGGUGAUGCUUUGUUUGCAUUCAAUUAUGAUGAUAAGAAUGAGGCGGAUUUGGUCUUGCCAAGAACGAAAGAUAUGCACUUCCAACUUUUGGUCGGACAUAUGCCUGAUCAUGAACACAAGAUCGCCAAGAGCGGAGUCAAUAUUUAUCGCAUUGCUUCGAAUAAGUAGUUGACAUUCAUCGUGUUCACGAUCAUGACGUGAUAUUGUACAGGAUAAUGAUAAUUUACACAGAAACAAGAGCG